CGUCGUUGUUUCGCCAACCAUUAGACCUUGGUUUCAUUUUUCGCUGUCAUGGUGAAGAUAUUCGUUGGGAACCUAAAUCCAGAAUCCAAAGCUUCUGAUCUCCGCAAAAAAUUCGAAGCCUUUGGGAAGGUUACGGAAUGUGAUGUUGUUAAUAAUUAUGGCUUCGUGCAUAUGGAAAAAGAGUCUGAGGCUGAAGCUGCAAUAGAAGGACUUCAAAAUGCCAUUCUUGAUGGGGUGAAAAUUAAUGUUGAACGCAGCCACGGGAAACGAGGUGGUGGUCCCGGGCCUACUAGACGUAGAAAUGAAGGGCGUUAUCGGGAUUAUCCACCGGAAAGGGGACCACGUGCGCCACCACGUUACAUGAAUUCCGGCCCACCUCCCCCGCGAAUGGGACGUUAUGGUCCGGCUUGGGAUGAUGGGUAUGGAGGGCCCUACGGACCACCACCACGUAACAGCUCUAGAGGUUACGAUUAUCCCCCAAACGGUGCCAAUGGAAGGUAUCCGCCGAUUGACCGUGGAGAACAACACAGACCACUCCCACGUGGUCCAGCCCGUGACCCACUGCCGCUACCACCUAAUGUGGGAUAUCGUGGGCCUCCAGUCCCUGAGCCUAUACCAUCGUCUCGAGAUUAUCCUCCAAAACCUCCCCCAAUCAGACAAAGUUACGAUGUGUACGGUGAAUUUGACCGGUACCGGGAGCCAAUAACACCAUCAGGUCCUCCACGUGCGAACGAUUAUUAUGAUACAUACGGCAGCUAUAGCAGCGGAAACUACGAAGACUAUAGAGAUAACGAUAGAUCAAUGUCUAAUUACGAUUCGGGAUACGAUUACAGUUACUAUGACUAUGGGAUGGAUAGCAGAUCACCGGUCCCACCAAGAUCAGGGUAGGCGGUUAUAAUUACUUAAUAACAACUAAUUAUCAAGGUACAGCUACGGUCGCCCCUAACUAAAGUAAGUGGUUUAUGAUAAGCUACUCAGAAUGUAUUACUCCAAGUGUUGAGAGUUUGUGCGUGCGUGGUCGUCUAAGUUGCUUAGUAAACGUGCUUCUCGUUUGCCCGCAGCCUAGAUCUGUGCGUUGACAUUACGUCCAAUUUUUCGUUCCCCAUAACUCAAGUUUACCUAACAUUUCAGAGUCGUCCCGUGAAGUCAAACGCGAAGCAACCUCGAAUCACGUAGGCAAGAGACGUUUGCAUUUAUUACUCGUUUCCUGUUCAUCGUUCGCAUCAACGUUAUUUGGCUAGUGUCAGCAGUCGUACCCACGAUCUUCUGGCUUUUGCGUUUUUAGACAUCAAUUCACUUUCAGUCGUAAAUGUGACUUCUCGUUUUUAUGCGUCAUAAGAGACCGUCUAAAUUUCCCAUUUAUCUUUUUUGAAUAUAAAUUGUGUUAGAAAUCGUUGCUUUUGCGUUAGUUGUAGUCUACCUCGUCUGGUCUCUACGCGUUGCUUCACGUUUCAUACAACUUUUUAUUUAGGCUGGCAAAUCUCUUGUUGAUUUAGGUAGUAUGUGUCUAUUUGUCAACGUCCGCAGAUUUCCAGAAAUGGCCUUCAUGUAAGAACAUCGUACUCUGUCAAAGCCACGUCAGUGUCUCGUGCUGAUUACUGCUCCUGCCACGUUUGUCAACAACAACUUGUGGUUUUUAAAAUACUUGCUUGAAUAAACCGUCAAGACCCCUUAUAUCUCAUACGGCGUUUUCACACUGACAUUCGACAAUGACACUAGCCUUCACUGCGUGUCUACUUACAAAAAUUUCAUUCUACAUUACAUGGGGUGCUGUACUCUACGAAGCCGUAAGAUUAUUCCGUGCAUAUAUGCAAGCUUUUUACACAAACGAAGUCGGAACUAUGUGGCGUCGCAAGUAUUCAUCGGACUAGAGAGCUGAUUUUUGUUCUAGUCGUAAAAAUGAGUACCU